AGAACUGUCAAAUUUUGACGUUUAUGAUAAUACUUUUCAUUAAUAUUUAGCUAGUAAAACUUGAGUGUCAUUAAAAUUAAGUGAACUUUUAAUGAAGUUUAAAAAUUAAGACAACGAAAAAAUAAUGACAAUAAAAAAUAUUAAAAAGUAGAGAAUAAUUUCAUCAUUACACGCACUGCGCAUUUAUUGUAAUGACAUAUCCAGUACUUUUAUGUGAUAUUUACUUAUCAGCUGAUUUCCUAUUAAAAACUCCAUUUUAUUCAGUUAUCAAACAUUAUCAGAGUGAUUAUUUUUCAACAUUUGUAUUAAAAUUCUAAUCUCUAGCGAAAAAUAGAAGAAAAAUGGACAACGAUAAGUCUGAAAAGAAUGAGAUGACUGAAUCAAUUACAAAUGUGAGUGAAUCGACAAUUAAUAAGGAAACUAUCGAGGAACGUUAUAAUAAACUUCGAGGUCUUGCUGUAAAAUUAAAGAAAAAGGUUUCAGAUUUGUCCGAUCAGAUAAAGCAAUUAGAAUCAGAAAAGACAGCUCUUCACAAUGAAAAAGAUGAAAUGCAACAAAAAAUAAUUCAAAUAUCAAAUAAUGCAAAGAAAAUACAGACUAUUCAACUUGAGUAUGACAAAUUACAAGAUAAAUUUGAACAACAAAAAUCGGAGAAUAAGAAAUUAAUGAAAAAUAUCGAAACUCUCGUUGAUGAGAAUGCCUCUCUUAAAGAAUCUCUCUACAAUGAGAAAGAUUCGACUUCUCAAUUAUCAACCAAAUCUGAACAAUUGUUUAAAGAUAGAAGCAAAUUAGAAAAUACAAUUAAGCAUUUACAAGAGCAAAUUAAAUCAUUGAGCGAGGAAUUGAGUGCCGAAAAUGUGAUAAGAGAGCAAAAAGUCAAGGAAUACGAUGCUUUGAAAAUUAAUUUCGAGUCUGAAAUUCAAGGACAUAAGACAACUCGUUCGCAAUUGGAAGCUAUUAAACAAAAUCAUACAAAUAGCAGCGUUUUGUCAUUGGAAGUUGAAAAUUACGAGAAAAGCAUUGAAGAAAUGAAGUUAAAACUAAAGGACGAGGAGGCAAAUCGAAAAUCUCUAGAGAAGACAAUAGAUGAACAUUUAGAAACAAUAUCAUUGUUAAAUAAACAAAUGAAUGAGAUGCGAAGUAGUUGUUUGAAAAAAACAAAUCAAGUCACGAAUCUAGAGGAGAGAAAUGAAAAUAUAAAAGCAGAAGUGAACGAAAUGAGGCUUGAAACCGAAGGAAUGCAACGAGAGAUUCAAGACUUUUUAUCGCAAUUAAAAGACUCACAAAAUGAGAAAUCAAACUUAUUGAAAAAAAUCCAAUCCCUAGAAACUAAUAGAGAUAUACUGACAAAUGAAUUUAAAACAAAAAAGGACAUUCUAGAAAAUCAGUUGAGAGAUAUGUCGACCGAAAUAUUGCAUUUAAAUUCAGCUUUAACGAACUCUAAAAAGGAGACGGAAAAUUUACAAGAAGAAUUCAGUGGUUAUAAGAGAAGAGCGCAAAGUGUGCUGAGAACGAAACAAAAUCAAAAUAAAGAAAUUGGAAUUGGCGGAAAAAGUAUUGUUGAAAUGGAAGAAGAAUUAUUACAAUCACAACAGCAAAAUAAACAUCUUCAGGAAAAACUCAAAAUCUAUGAGCAAAAAUUAGAAAUGCUAUCCAAGGAGUUAAUGAUACUUAAGGAAGAGAAAAAUCGUUCUUUAGAAAGCCUCACGGAAUCGAAUAGACGGCAAUUAAAUUCACGUCAAGAAAUUUCUUCCCUCACUGAACAAUACAGAUCGCAAGAAAUGAAAAUUCAAAAAAUAAUUGCCGACCAUAAAAAGGAAUUGGAGAGUUUACAAAAAAAUCACAAGACCGAGCUAAGAGCAACGAGGGAACAUUUUGAACAACAAAAUCACGAUUUAAAAUUCGAAUUGGAAAAACUGAAAUUAACCGAAUUUUCCGACACUCCGAGAGUUAUUUUCCAAGAGAGGAAUUUUGAUUCUAAUACAGAUUCUAAUCAACAAUCGCGAUUGCAAGAAAUUCCGCUAAUUGAACGAGAAGAAUGUGAGGGAUCAGAAAGUAUUGACUCUUGUCCAAUUGCUCUGACAAAUGGAGAAAGAUAUCGCAAACAUUCAUUAAUACCUCUCGAUGAAUUACUCAAUUCAUCGGACGAUUACAAUCCACCUGAAAUUCAACCUGUUUUACCUCAAAAAGUGAGCAGACAAGAAUUUGAAGUCUGCGAACGAAGAGUUAAACAUUUAACGGUUCUUUUAGCAGACGCUGAACGAGAUAUUGCAAAAUUAACGCAAUUAAAUGAAAUUUUGAAAGAGGAUAUUCGCAGGCAACAACGAAGUGUUGAGAGAGAACAACACGCAAAUAAUUUUGAAUAUCUUAAAAAUGUCGUUUUCAAGUUUGUUACAUUAAAAAAUGGAGACGAGAAAAAUCAUCUAAUUCCUGUACUUAAUACAAUUCUAAAAUUGAGUCCAGAGGAAACUCAAAAACUUUAUUCCGUCGCGGGUGGUAAGAGUUGGAUUCCCGGACUUUUAUAAUAAAAGAAAAAAAGCGGCGUGUACAGUAAAAAAAAUCUUCCUUCACUAGGAAGCAAAAAAAGUAUUGUGAGAUUUAAUAUAUCGAUUAUUUUUGUUAAACAAGUUCAUUUAAUAAUAAUUCUAUUGCUAAUAAAUUUUUUUUUAAUAAAAAAGAAA